GCGAUGUCUUCCAGUUUGUAUUCACUACUCAUAACAAUGGCACCUUCUCGUCAUUUCUUUCUGCUCGUGUGAAGAGCCAAGUGGCUGUUGUGGUUUUGUACAUCAAUAAGCCAAGGACAAACUAUUAGACAGUACAGUGCUCCACUUGCGUCUUGAAUCUCCUUUACCGCCGCACUUGGACAGAUCAGCUUGGUCGACCUCGAAGUCAUCGUGACCAAGUAGAAUUUCUCAACUUUGUCGCCUCGUUUCAACACCUACAUUGCUUCUUGAGAGAUCUCCCUUCAAUGGCCACCAUGGCGACUUGUGCAUCGCCAGGCGACCCUGGUGAUUUCGCAUUUGGCCCGGUGGUGAACUCUUGCGUUCGUAAAUUUGACUUCACGCUCCUGUUUGAGGACACGAUUUUGUCGAUUCUCCCAUCUUCAAUUUUCAUCAUCUCGGCGGCCUGGAGGAUUCUCUCUCGCUUUUCGGAACAGCACAAGGUUGCAGGCAAUGCCUUUCGCCUGUUUAAACUGGCUCCGAUCCUAGCUCUUACUGCCAUCUCUGUCGCUCUCACCGCACUUUGGGCGUGCAACACAGAUCUCACGUUAAACAGAACAGCAGCCAUUGCCGCCGCCGCCUUAACCACCCUUGACAGCAUCUUCGUGGCUGCUCUAUCUUAUACAGAGCACUCACGAUCACUCAGCCCGUCAUUGUUAUUGAGCGCGUUUUUGGCCUUGUCUACCAUCUUCGAUGCUGUCCACCUGCGGACCCUUUGGGUGAAAUCGGUGGGGACCCCACUAGUAUCACUCUCAACCGCAGCUUUUGCUCUGAAGUUUGCGCUUCUUGUCCAGGAGGAAGCUAGCAAGAGACGAUGGAUCAUUGACGAUUCGGGCGAGUGCAGCUCUGAAGAAACCGCUGGUCUGUUCAAUCGUAUUGGUUUCCACUGGCUCAAUAGUCUGCUUUACAAGGGCUACUCUUCUCCGCUAUCAAUUGCCAAGCUCCCCGCCAUUGAUAGACAACUGCUUUCCGAUUCUCUUUGGAACCGCCUUGGACAGAAGUGGAAGAACUCAACUAAGCAGGGAAACCAUGCCUUACUUGAAGCCAUCUUCUCGGCUCUGAAGUGGCCCAUUCUGAUGCCUGUUCCUGUUUACAUGAUCCUUGUUGGACUCCAGCUGGCACAACCAUUCAUGAUCAGCACCAUCAUGGCCUAUCUCGCGAGCCCAGUUGACCAUUCAGAGGGCCAAAGAAACAUUGGAUAUGGACUGAUCGGGGCCUAUGGCUUGGUGUACAUCUGCAUUGCGAUUGUAACUGCCGGUUGUCAACACCUCGUCUUUCGCUAUGCGACCAUGAUGCGUGGCUGUCUCGUGCUCUUGAUCUACGAGAAAACAACCUCCAUGAGCAUCACAGGCGCUGAGGAAGCUGCUGCGGUCACCUUGAUGAGCACUGACGUCGAGAGAAUUGUCAAUGGCAUGUCCAAGAUCCACGAGAGUUGGUCGACUCUUCUCCAGAUGGCCGUAGCUCUCGCCUUGCUGUACAGACAGCUUGGAGUAGUGUUUAUGGUCCCGCUUGGACUAUUCUUGCUUUGUGCAGUUGGUGCGGGAGUCCUUUCGGGUUCCGCUGGGGCUUUCCAGGCAUCCUGGAUGGCGGCUAUCCAAAAGAGAGUUGCGGUCACUUCUUCUGUUUUGGGAUCUACCAAAGGCGUCAAACUGUCCGGAUUUACCGACAAGAUGUUCCAGAUCAUCCAGGACCUUCGCCUCAAGGAAAUUGCGUCUGCAGCCAAGUUCAGAACCAUGCUGCUCAUCAUUGUCACACUAUCAUACUCGCCUGGCGCUAUCUCCCCAGUCGUAACCUUCGGCGCAUACACGGCCAUCGCACAAAAGGACCAUACCACCCUAGACUCGAACCGAAUCUUCACGUCACUAGCCCUUCUCACACUCGUCACUCAGCCGCUGAACGAGCUGUUCGCCCACCUUCCAAACAUCUUUGCCUCUAUCGCCUGCUUCGGUCGCAUCCAAUCCUUUCUUCUGUCCCCAGAGACGUCUGCCAAGUCAGAAGUCCGUAGCACUUCCGGCAAACUCGACAGCACGUCCUCCGUCAGUGAAUCUCAGAGCGGCUCCUCGGUUUGCCAGGAGUCCGAAAAGCAGCCCACAGCCAUAGUGACUUCCAUUCUGGAUCCUCUAGCCAACGGAAAUGCCUUUGAGAUUCGCAAUGCCAAAUUCGGAUGGAAGGCAGACGCGGACCCCGCUUUGGCUGACCUCACGCUGGAUAUUCCCCUUGGAAAGCUCACGAUGAUCGUCGGGCCUGUGGCCUCUGGAAAAUCAACCCUCCUCAAGGCUAUCUUGGGUGAAACUCUUGUUGCAGAGGGGACCAUUGGCCGAUCUUCUGACAGCAUCGCCUUCUGUGACCAGAUUCCCUGGCUAACAAACGAGACCCUCCGUCGCAAUGUCACUGGCUUCUCUCACUUCGAGGCUUCUUGGUACAGUACCGUUAUCCGAGCUUGUGCCUUGGAGGAGGACAUUGUGACGUUCCCAGAUGGCGACCAGGUCAUGGUAGGUAGCAAGGGCAUUACCCUCAGUGGUGGCCAGAAGCAGCGCGUAGCUAUUGCCCGCGCUGUCUAUUCCCGACGGGAUUGUAUUCUCUUUGACGACGUCUUCAGUGGUCUCGACUUUGAGACACAAACUCGCGUCUUCAACAACCUCUUCGGAAUAUCUGGCCUCUUGAGACAGCGCAAUGUCACCGCGCUGUUUGUCACCCACGCUGUACACACUCUUCCUCAAGCAGACUACAUCGUCACCCUCGACCAAACCGGCACCAUCGCUUCUCGUGGAACAUUUGAAGAGCUCAACAAGCAGCCUGGCUACAUCAGCAAGUUAGGUCUCAUUACCAAGGAAGAUGCGAUCCAGCGCGAUGCAGCACAGGAUAACGGCAAAUCUGCAUUCCAGCCUCAGCAGAAAGAUACGGCCACCGAUAGUAGUGUUGACGAGGAGACUCAACGCUUGGGUGAUCGUUCAAUUUACAAGUACUACUUUCAAGCAACUGGUCUUCGCAGCGUCAUCGUUUUCCUCAUCCUGCAGAUUAUCUGGGCUUUCCUAACAAAGUUCCCUGAAAUUUGGCUUUCAUGGUGGGGUGAAGCAAAUGACCUACAUCCCAAUCAUGAGACCGGCAAGUACAUGGGAGUCUAUACCGUGCUUCAAGUUCUCUCACUGGUGGCGCUGGCGGCGGUCUGCCGGCACGUGGUACUUGGUAUGGCCGUUACUUCUGGUAUCACACUUCAUUGGAUUCUUCUCGAGAAGGCCCUCCGUGCACCUUUGUCCUUCUUCGCCACAACAAAUACUGGCUCCAUCGUCAACAGAUUCAGCCAGGACAUUCAGUUGAUCGACGCUGAGUUGCCGAUUGCUCUUCUUAAUGUUGCUGCCAACGGACUCAUUUGCAUCGCACAGGCUCUCAUGAUCAUUCCUGCAUCUUACCAGCUCAUUGCAGUUUUCCCGUUCCUUGGCGGUGUCCUCUGGAUAAUCCAAAGAUUCUACCUGCGGACAUCACGUCAGCUCCGUUUCCUAGAGCUAGACGCUAAGGCCCCCAUGUACUCCCAAUUCCUUGAGACUCUGAGCGGACUCUCUACAAUCCGUGCAUUUGGCUGGCAAAAGGACCUGACGACCCUUAUGCGAGACCGCCUGGACAUCUCGCAGAGACCAAUGUAUCUCCUCUACGGCAUCCAGCGCUGGCUCACCCUCGUUCUUGACCUCACUGUUGCCGCUCUCGCCAUCGUUCUCAUCUCUGUCGCAGUCGCUCUGCGCGGUCGUGUGGGCGCAGGAUUUGCUGGUGUCGCCUUGUACAACAUCAUGGGUCUUAGUAGCGCCAUGAAAGCGGCCAUCACCACAUGGACCCUUCUCGAGACUUCAAUCGGUGCCGUCGCGCGUGUGAAGACUUUCGCUGAGCAGACGCCCGGUGAGAGCCAGGCCGAGGAGCCGCAGACGCCACCGGAGUCUUGGCCCGGGAGUGGAGCGAUUAGCCUCCACAAUGUGACUGCUUCGUAUGGCGAGGGAAUGGACAACGUUCUCUCAAAGGUUUCUCUCACAGUUCUGCCUGGUCAGAAAGUUGGCAUUUGUGGACGAAGCGGAAGCGGCAAGAGUUCUCUGCUCCUUACUCUCCUCCACCUCAUCGACUGCAGCGAGGGUCAGAUCAUCAUUGACGGCGUUGACAUCGCGACAAUGCCACGCGAAGUUCUGCGUCAACGAUUGAACGCGCUUCCUCAAGAGCCUCCCUUUUUCAGCGGUAGUAUACGCCUUAACUGCGACCCCGAAGGCACAACCUUAGAUGAGACCAUCACCGAGGCCCUCCGCGCCGUUGGCCUCUGGGGUUUGAUUGAGGAGAAGGGUGGACUCGAUGCAGACUUCACCGAUGACUUAUUCUCGCACGGACAGAAACAGGUGUUCUGCUUGGCGAGAGGUAUCCUCCGCCCGUCAAAGAUUGUGGUCAUGGAUGAAGCUACUAGCAGUGUUGACGUCGACACUGAGAAGCAAAUGAUGAAUGUCAUCCGGGAACGAUUUGCGGAUGCAACCAUCAUCUCGGUAUCUCACCGCCUCGAUACCGUUCUUGACUUUGACAAGAUCGUGAUCCUAGACAAGGGAGUCAUCGUCGAGGAAGGUUGCCCCGCGGAGCUUCUUGGUCGGGCUUCUUUGUUCCGAACUCUCUACGAAUCGUUCCACAACUAGAAAUCGCCAAUAUCAAAUGGAAAGAAACAAGAAGAUGUGCGUAGUACUUUGGCCAUCUCGAUAGGGGCGGUUUUUUCAAGAAAGGGGUUGGUGGUUUGGAGACUUUUUAUUCAAGAUCGCUCAGUUUCCCAAGCAGCGCCCACCCCAAGGCAAUCAAUCAAGUUUGAGGCUCAUAAUUGACUUGAUUGACUGGCGAUGGCUUCAUAAUUGAUUGAUUG